UGCCCCGGGGGUCAGCCAGCAGACGUUCAGGGUGACCAUCCUGGAUGACCUGGGUCAGCCGGUGCUGGAGGGGACUGAGACAUUCGAGCUGGUCCUCCGCAUGCCCAUGAACGGCAUCCUGGGAGAACCGGGGAAGGCCACCAUCCUCAUCAACGACUCCGUCUCCGACCUGCCCAAGGUGCAGUUCCGUGAUGCCAUGUACAUGGGGCAUGAGAGCUCCGGUCAGAUCUCAGUCAUGGUUUAUCGUAGUGGAGACAUCAGUUACAGGUCAACGGUCCGCUGUUAUACCAGACAGGGCACCGCUCAGGUUAUGAUGGACUUCAACGAACGACCCAACACAGACGCUUCCAUCAUCACCUUCCUACCAGGAGAGGUGGAGAAGCCGUGUGUUCUGUCUCUGGUUGAUGACACGGAGCAUGAGGAGGAGGAGGAGCUGAGGCUGGUGUUGGGGUCGCCCCGCAGUGAGUCUCCGUUCGGAGCGUCCAUCGGGAAACAGAACGAGACUCUGGUCAAGAUCAUGGACGACGCAGACAAGGCCAUCAUCAAGUUUGGGGAGACUAAGUUCAGUGUGAGUGAGCCUAGCGGGGCAGGCCAGGUGUCCAUGGUGAAGAUCCCAGUGCUGAGGGUAGGAGACACCUCCAAGGUCUCUGUGGUCCGCGUCCACACCAAGGACGGAUCAGCCACCUCCGGAGAGGACUACCAUCCUGUAUCUGAAGAUAUUGAGUUCAAGGAGGGUGACACAGAGCACUACAUCGAGGUGGAGAUCUUGUAUGAUGGAGUCAGAGAGAUGAGAGAAGCCUUCACGGUCCACCUGAAACCUGAUGAGAACAUGGUGGCUGAGACGCAGAUGAGUAAGGCCAUUAUCUACAUAGAGGAGACCAACAGCAUGGCGGACGUCACCUUCCCCUCCGUCCCCCAGGUGUUCUCCCUACUGCAGUAUGACGACACCUCCAGAGCCAGACACACCCCCCCAGUGGCAGGCUACCCCGUUGUCUGUGUCACGGCUUGUAACCCUAAGUACCCUGACUAUGACAAGACUGGCUCCAUCUGCAUCAGCGAGCACAUCAAUGACACGCUGACACGCUAUCGAUGGUUGGUCAGUGCUCCAACCAGCCUGGACGGGGUCACCAGCUCCAUGAGAGAGGUGGACUUUGAUACCUUCUUCUCCUCCUCCAAGAUCAUCACCUUGGACUCUGUCUAUUUCCAGGCUGGUUCUAGGGUGCAGUGUGCAGCCCGUGCUGUGAACUCUAACGGAGAUGAGGGCCUGGAACUCAGCAGCUUCAUAGUCUCCAUCAGUAUAGAGGAUGGUAUGUGCCAGCCUCGUGUGGUGGGUACAGUGGGCGCUGAGCCCUUCUCUGCCAAGCUACGCUACACUGGAGCAGAGGACCCAGACCACCCCAACCUCAUCAAGAUCACUGUCACCAUGCCACACAUAGACGGCAUGCUCCCUGUGGUCUCCACCCGUCCUAUGUCUAACUUUGAGCUGACGUUGAGUCCUGAUGGUACUCGUGUGGGGAACCACCGCUGUUCUAACCUGCUGGACUACACCGAGGUCAAGACCCGCCACGGCUUCAUAACCAACGCCACCAAGAACCACGAGGUGAUCGGGGAGACCUCUCCCUACCAGUACAGUGCCCCCCUGAGGGGAUCCAGCGUACUGCGCUUCUACAAGAAUCUCAACCUAGAGGCCUGUCUAUGGGACUUCACUAGUUACUAUGACAUGUCUGAGCUACUGUCAGACUGUGGAGGGACCAUCGGUACAGACGGACAGGUGUUGAACCUGGUCCAGUCCUAUGUGACCCUCCGGGUGCCCCUCCACGUCUCCUAUGUGUUCCACUCCCCGGUGGGGGCAGGGGGCUGGCAGCAUUUUGACCUGCAGUCUGAGCUACGACUCACCUUCGUAUACGACACUGCCAUCUUGUGGCGGGACGGCAUCGGCAGCCCUCCUGAGGCUGAGCUACAAGGAGCCCUGUACCCCACCAGUAUGCGUAUCAACGAACAGGGUCGUCUGGUGGUCAACUUCAGAACAGAGGCUCGAUUCAGAGGACUGUUUGUCAUAUCACACUCUGCUUCCUCUCUGUCGUCCAUGGUGAUGUGUGCGGACCACCCUGGGGUGACGUUUAAUCUCAGCCUGGUGAGGAGCGAGCCCACCUACAACCAGCCCAUGCAGCAGUGGACCUUCACAUCAGACUUCGCUGUGCGUGACUACUCAGGUACCUACACGGUGAAGCUGCUACCCUGUACCUCUCCUCCCAGUCUGGAGUAUUCCCUGCCUCCUGUCUGUAACCCCAGAGAACCUGUCACCUUCGACCUGGACAUACGCUUCCAGCAGGUGAGUGACCCGGUUGCGGCUGAGUUCAGUCUGAACACACAGAUGUUGCUGCUGUCUAAGAGAACUUUGUGGCUGUCUGACGGAUCCAUGGGCUUCGGACAGGAGAGCGACACAGCCUUCUCACAGGGUGACAUGAUAUAUGGCAGAGUGAUGGUGGACCCAGUUCAGAACCUGGGGGAUUCCUUUAUCUGUAACAUAGAGAAGGUGUUCCUGUGCACCGGCGCGGAUGGAUACGUGCCCAAGUACAACCCCAACAACAAUGAGUACGGCUGUCUGGCUGAUGCUCCAUCGCUGCUUUACAGAUUCAAAAUUAUCGAUAAGGCCCAGCCAGAGACCCAGGCCAGGUUGUUUGGUAAUGUCGGGUUCAGGGCUCUGCUGGCUGUAGACGACCCUCAGGCCCUUGCCCUGAUCAGACAGCCUGGAUCUGACGGCUUCAGCAUGGACUCUACAGCACUGUUCCAAGUGUCAGCAGGGAGGGAGUGGUUCAUCCACACCAUCUACACCGUCCGCUCCAGAGAGAAUGCUAACAGGGGCAUCGGAAAGAGAAGUCUGGAGUACCACACACUCACCCAACACAGCAGUAUGGCUGCAGGAGGCCACUCCCUGACCCAACACAGCAGUAUGGCUGCAGGAGGCCACUCCCUGACCCAACACAGCAGCAUGGACAGAGAAACUCAGCAUCAAACUAUGGCUGCAGGAGGACCGUCCCAGUCCCAGUUUCGCUCCAGGCGGUCAGCAAACAGGGUACCAGACCUGACAGAGGACAUCGGCCUGGACAACAACCGAGGCACCAACAUUCUCCAUAUCGCCCUGGACCUCAGCCGCCAGCGCCGCACCAGCCCCGACCAGGAGGUCCUCACUCGGGGUGUGGUGCCCAGGGAGCUGAACCAUCCUGCGGAGAGCGAGGACAGUCUGGUCCUCAUCAUAGGGAUCCUGGUGGGCCUCCUCCUCACCAUCCUCAUCAUCAUCGUCAUAGUGCUAACCGUACGGUCCAGACAGGAGAAGAAGAAAAUGGAGGUUCCCACAACAACGUCAAGCUCCACUGAGCCCAUGGUGACAUCAGGGUUCACUUGCAGUGGCUUGGACAGCUCAGAAGUCUGACGGACAGACAGACAAACGGACUUCCUUCGACAUGACCACUGAGACAGACAGACCGAUGGACGGAUAUUCUCCAUAGAAGAAAAAAAAAACACUGACAGAUGUUUUUGUUUUUUUAUGUUAUUUUUUUGCAAGUGCCUCAUAAUUUUUACAUUGGGAUAUAAAGAGAGGGAGGGGACAACUGAAACAACACAGUCGACAAUGAGAGCUUUGGUUCUGUACAAAAACCUACUUGAAAUCCUGCAGUCCUUCUGCUCUGCUGUAGGGGAGACCAUAGAGGUAAAACAAUCUCUCUCUAUGGGGAGACUGCCCCAUCUAGGGCAGUACCUGUAACCUGUUCUGUUCAAGGCACUUGCCAGCAUUCAUUAUUGCUUUGUUUUAUGAUGUUACACUUGAUCCCAAAAAUGUUUAUGAUUUGUCCAAAGGUGCUAAAGCAGCAGAUGCCUCUGUCCUGUAGGAUGGAUGGUGGUCCUGUGAUUUGGUAGAAGGACAUGUAGCAGGGCUAUUCAACUCCAGGACUGUAAGGCAGAAGUACUGCUGAUUGUCUUUUUUACCUGGUAGUUGAUUGAUUAAUUGAUUAAUGUCACUGAUUGGCCGUAGAGUUCCAUGAUGUAAUCAGUUUCUGGUUAGAAUGAAAGAAUGAUAACCAGAAGUGUUUCAGCCUUCCAGGCCCAGAGUUGAAUACCGGUAAGUGUUUCAGCCUUCCAGGCCCAGAGUUGAAUACCGGUAAGUGUUUCAGCCUUCCAGGCCCAGAGUUGAAUAUCGGUAUUCCUGGUAUUCAGUAUUCAAUAUGAACGCAAAGUUGUCAUAGAACUGUCAUAGUUGUUAAUGUGUAUGUUUGUUUUCCCGUGUCAAGCCACUGUCAAUAGUCUGCUAACACUGGGAAUAUGUCCUACUGUAAUGUUCUACUGUAGCUCUGUCAGACCUGGGUUCAAACAUUUGAAAUCUUUCAAGUAUAUUAGCUUUAGCCUGCCUGGAGUGCCAGGUGGGACUUUUAUAUUGGUUCCACUGCAACAGGCAAGCUCAAUUGAUCACAGCUUAAGUAUAUUACAUGAUUUAAACUAGUAUUUGAACCCAGGUCUGCUCUCUAUACUGAAGUAUGGAGGCUGAUUCAUGUUGAAGUUCAACAGGUGCCUAAGAAUCCACUGGAUGUUAUACUGUAGGAAGCGUCCCAAAUGACAACCUAUUCCCUAUUUUGCACUAUAAGUAGUGCACUAUAUAGGGAAUAGGGUGUAAUUUGGGACGGAUAUUUAGAUUUUCUCUAUUACAUGGUUAUUCUAUUUGUUUUGUUUGUAUUAAUGGUUAUCUAUCAUUUGUGCCUGCUUCUGAUUUUGUAUUUUCUUUAAAAUAAUUGCUUAAACUUGUAUAAUAAUGUGUAAAGCAGAUUUGGGGGAAAAUGUGUCUAAUCAACUGUAGCUAAUUCAGACUCAAUUACAUGUUUUUCUAUCCUAACAGAGUUCCAAGUUGAUCACAAUUUUGGGGGGAUAAUUGUUCUCUUGAUAGUCCCAAAAUCAUGGUUGUAGUGACUUUCUAUAGCUCUGUCCCAAAUUGCAUCCUAUUCCCUAUUUAGUGCACUACUUUUGAUCAGAGCCCAUAAGGAAUUAAGGUACCAUAUAGGGAAUAGGGUGCCAUUUUGGAUAUAUCCUAUAUCAGUGUGGUCCUGUAUUUGAAUACAUACAGUACAGUACUGAAUUGAAUCUAAUGAGAAAAGGUAUAUCCUGUAGGGGAGAGUGGGGUAAGUUGAGACAUUUUUUACAUUCAGCAUCACUCCGUCAAGGGAAAUAUAGUAUUCUUUCUAACAAAGAUAUCUACAUAUAUUUCAGGAUGUUGUGUAUCCCUGAAAAUAAUCAGAAUUCAUGUAAACAUUACAGUUUUGAAAACAUAGCUUGUCCAAAGAAAGUGAUAUCUUGGCACGACUUACCCAUACACAUUUCUGUACUGAAUGAAAUAUUACCACUACCUUUUUAAAACCAUGUCUGUCUUUACUUUCCAAACACAAUUCAACACAAUCACAAUCACUUUUUUGUAUUUUAAUCCCUCAUAUCCCAGCCUUUCAUUAUACCUGGGAAGAAAACAUUUACUAAAUUUACCACAAGGCAAACAGUUUGACUAUAUAAGCCCACACAGCUACAAGUGUCAGGUUUUGGCCAAGACUGUUCGGGUUUUGGUCACUAGAUGUCCCCAUUGCACCUUUUUUGUACCUUUUGUUUUUCUUGCU